AUCCAAGAUGGCGUACUUUUUCGUGUGAGUCCGUUCCUUCGCGCUUACAUCAGUCAAAUUGAUUAAAAGUUGCUGUGGCCAUUGAACAGUAGUCUCUCGACACUACCAUCAUGUUUUCCGGUAAGAAGAAAAAGAAGCCAAUCAUUUCUGAGCCCACAAACUUUGAACAUAGGGUACAUACAGGUUUUGACCCCAGAGCUGGCUCAUAUGUUGGUCUUCCCUCGCAGUGGGCUAGCAUUGUUGAUAGAGAUGCAGUAAAAAAUCGGCCUGCACCCAUAAUUGAUCCGUCAACUAUUACACCUACUGAAGUAUCUGAUCUCAAGGUUAUUGUUAGGGGACCUAGUACUGCUGAAUUACGGAGUCCUAGAGGACAUCAUAUGAAUGGAUUUGAAGCACCUCGUAGUAUUUCUGUUGCACGGUCAAAUUCACUUCGCCAGAGCAGUCCACCAAGAAUGAGGAGAAUGAACAUGGGUGAUAGGGUACCAGAUGUAGUAAGGGAAAAUGAUUGGCAGAGACCACACUAUGCACAGCAGCACUCUCCACACUCACCAACAACACCACAUCCACAGUAUGGUGAUCAGUGGCAGAGGGAACCACCAAGGGAUGGAUCUCUGAGACGUGAACGGAUGCCACAAGAAUUGCAUCAGAGAGAUCCUUCUGGUAGAGAAUAUAGAGAAGUUCCUCCAGAUGAUAGGGAUUUCUACAAAGAAAGGCAGCACAGAGAUUCGCCACAUGAACACCAAAAUUACAUGCAUCCCCAUCAUCCUCCACAACGAGACGGUGAUUACCGGGGACCUCCACCACCCCAGCAACGAGAUCAGGCACACAGACAGCAACCCCCUCAAGAUUACAGACAUUCACCCAAACAGAGGGGUGAUCCAAGACAGCAGCCAGCUUACGGGGAACCAGAUCAUCGCACCCUGCCACCGCAGAGAAACCGCCCCCAACAGCAGAAUAGAGACAGACCAUAUGGUACGUUGCCAAGGGAACCAGAUGGACAUCAUCCAUCACCAAGAGAUCAUGAUUACAGACAGCCACCACCUCCACAAAGGCAGCAGCAGCAGCCACUUCCACAAAAUCGAGAGCAAGAAUUUAGACAAUUAGAUCAUAGACAACAUCCACCUAAUGAACAAUAUAGACCUAGAGAUGAUCAGAGAGCCAGACAGGAACAAGAACAAAGGCAGCGACAACUAGCACAGGAAUAUGAACUUAAGGCAAGAUUAGACCAUGAUAAACAACGGGAUAGACAAGAACUAACUCCACAGGCAAGGCAAGAGCAAGACCUUAGAAUGAGGCAUGAACUAAAUCCAAGGGCAAGACAUGAGUCUGAUUCAAGAGUAAGGCAUGAACCUGAUCCGAGGAUGAAGCAUGAACAAGACCCAAGGGCGAGGCAUGAACAAGACCCAAGGGCGAGGCAUGAACAAGACCCAAGGGCGAGGCAUGAGCAAGACCCAAGGGCGAGGCAUGAGCAAGACCCAAGGGCGAGGCAUGAGCAAGACCCAAGGGCGAGGCAUGAGCAAGACCCAAGGACGAGGCAUGAACAAGAUCCAAGGACAAGGCAAGAACCUGAUCCUAGAGUAAAACAUGAGCCAGAUGCAAGGGCAAGACAUGAAUCUGAUCCAAGGAUGAUGCGAAUGCAACCUCAAAAUGCUUCAACACUGCCACAUAAUAGAUCCAAUCCACAUGGUGCUAGUGAUCAGCAUCCCGGACAAAUGAAAUACCAGCAACAUUCACCGCCCGGUGCAUCCACAAACAGUGUCAGCCCCGUCUCCUCUUUCAGGGCUAGUGAUAAUGCACUGCAAGAAAAACAUCCACCUCCACCACCUCAGCAACAGCAACAUUCUCCUCAUGAGCACCAAGUACAGCCAGUCAAACCACAAAUUGAUCCAUAUUACAAACAGAAGGAACAUGGAAAAGAUCUGCCACCUGGGCAGCAUGCACAAGAAAACAGACCACCCCAAGUUGGCCAAGGUGAUACCAAUGCUGAUGCACAUAAAACAAAUAUGCCACUGCAGCAACCUAAUAAUAAAAUGAAUGCCCUAAAGAUGACCCCAACCCAGCCCUCUCCACAAGCUGGGGAACAUAGAGUAUCACAUGAACAAUUCCGAGCAGCAUUACAAAUGGUAGUUAGUCCUGGUGAUCCCAGAGACAAUCUUGAAAAUUUUGUAAAAAUAGGUGAGGGUUCUACUGGAAUUGUAUGUAUAGCAACCGAAGGAGGGAGUGGAAGACAGGUUGCUGUGAAAAAGAUGGAUUUACGAAAACAACAAAGGCGAGAGCUGCUUUUCAAUGAGGUGGUGAUAAUGAGGGAUUAUAAACAUCCCAAUGUAGUGGAAAUGUACGAUAGCUUUUUAGUUGGUGAUGAACUGUGGGUAGUAAUGGAAUUCUUAGAAGGUGGUGCACUCACUGACAUAGUUACACAUGCAAGGAUGGAUGAGGAGCAAGUAGCAUUUGUUUGUAAAUCUGUAUUGAAGGCAUUAUCAUUCCUCCAUUUACAAGGUGUUAUACAUAGAGACAUUAAAAGUGACAGUAUACUUUUAACCCAUGAUGGCAAGGUAAAGUUGUCGGAUUUUGGUUUCUGUGCACAAGUGUCAACAGAUAUGCCAAAGAGAAAAUCAUUAGUUGGAACACCAUACUGGAUGGCACCAGAAGUUAUAUCUAGAUUACCUUACGGACCAGAGGUUGAUAUAUGGUCUAUGGGAAUUAUGGUAAUGGAAAUGGUGGACGGUGAACCACCAUUCUUCAAUGAACCACCUCUACAAGCUAUGAGACGUAUCAGAGACAUGCCACCACCAAAGUUGAAAAACACACAUAGGGUAUCGCCAAGACUUCAAGGUUUCAUAGAGAAAAUGUUAGUAAGAGAUCCAACCCAACGAGCAACAGCUUUUGAAUUGCUUCAACAUCCUUUCUUACGUCAAGCUAGUCCUGGUUCUUCACUUGUGCCACUGAUGAGGCAAAUAAGACACAGUUAAAUGAACUUCAGGAUAAUCCUCACUGCUGUAACUGAACUGAAGUACAAUAGACAAUCAAUGCAGUAGUCUUUUUGAAGAUUGACCUGGACUGUCUGUGAGGUUUCACUGUUUUUACUGUGUAAAUUUUAUUUCCUGGACAAUUUAUACUUCCAGUUUGUUGCACACAACCAUUUUUAGAGGCUGCAAUAUUGUAUGAUAUGGAUUGAAAAAAUGUGGAACUUUUUUCAAAGGAUGAGGCUCAUAAGCUAAUUUGUAAAGCAAAAAUGUAAAAGUUUUCUUGCCCCCAGGUAUUUUUGAGGUAAUCAAUUUGCUUUAUGAUGUUUGCCUGAAGUCGUUCUUAAGUUGCAACCAUUGAUUUCAUGAAAUGUAUGUAUUGGAGGAGUGGUUCAGUCUAUUAUUUGUGUAUUCAUGAUACUCAGCAUUGGAGAUAACAUUUUCUAUGUGAAAAUAAUCUCUUGUAAAGAAAAAUAUGUAUUUUUAGAAACAUUAGACUUUGUGGAAAAAAAGUUGACAUUCAAAAUAAACUUUUUAAUUAAAUUUAUUUUCAAGUGUAUAUAGAUUUAGGUGAUGCUUCUGUUCAAUCUAGGGCAGAUGGGUUUUUGAUUGUAUAUCAAUGGACAAAAUUCAAAGACUCAACUGCAAGCAAUAAUUGAGAUACUCUAAACCCUUCGUUAUAUUGUGUCAAGAUUUUAUUUUUAAUAUGAAAAUUAGAUUCAAAUUACAUUUCUCGCAACAUUAUAUUGUCCCACAAUGAACUUUUGAAACCCCAAAAAAAGAAUAGUUCCUUGACUAUUCUGAUUUAAUUACUGACAAAACCAUUAUAGAUCAGAAUACAGUAGCAAUGUUGAAUGUGCCUAUUUGUAGUAGCCCUUACUUGUUAUAUUGUCAUUAUGUUAUACGUCUUGUGUUAUAAACAUGAGAAUUUUAUUAUUUUGUAUCUAUCAGUAUACUAUGAAUAUGACGAAGAAGUGAUUAUACUUUCUACUAUGUUGGUUUAGGUCUAUUUUCUAGAACAGUAAAUGCUACUACCCGUACCCGUACCCGUACCCGUACUCGUACCGUGGCAAAUCAUAAUACCCUUUACUGGUGUUGGCUGUUCAUCAUUGAAAAAGUGCUAUUAAAAUACUUGAAUUUUUGUUUUGUAUAUUGUUAACUUUCAACCAAAAAAAAGUAUUUCUGCCCCUAUUAAGAGUGGGUAUUACUCGUAAUAAAAAAAACAAACAUAU